CAUCCUGCAGAACUUCCACCUCAGAUCCUCACAGGCACCCCGUGACAUCGAUGUGUCCCCUAAAAUGGUGGGAUUUGGCACGAUUCCACCAAACUACACCAUGAGUUUUUUGUCCCAUUAAGCCAUGGCUGGAUAAGGGAAAAAGGAAGGAUGGAGACCAGCUUAGUGGGGACAUGUGUAAAUUAGAUGGAGUCAUAGGGACAGGAGAAACAGAGGACAUGAAUAGACUUGCUGAAGAGAGACUGUCAUUUCCAAGGCAGUGUGAGAGAAAGAGGAAAUUUAUACUAUGUUGUGAAUAAUGAUGAUGAUAAUUAUAAUAAUGAUACUACUACUACUACUAUUAAUAAUAAUAAUAAAAUAAUAAUA